CGGAACAUGGACCAGGAGAAGCAAACUGUUUGCUGCUGCUUGUAUCACUUGAUGAUACUAUACCUUGAUGCGCUCGUACAUGACAUCCCAGUAAGCAACUGCGCGAUACGAUCGAAUGCAUGGGAUAGUACUCUAAUUGCCAAGGUGAUCAAGAAGGAUACUAUCUCUCCUGGUGUGUUCGGCAAAUUACAACUUAAAGAGGAGUAUAGAGGCACGGAGCAGACACCACUGUUUGGUGGAAUUUUGCAAGCUGAAGCAUUUGUGGCAUCCAAGUUACCAAUAACAUACAAUCCGCAGGUUAGUGUUUUGCAUACAUAAACUUGUAUCAC